UUCCACACAGUAGGUGCUUUGCGUUUUGCUGUGCCUGGUUGUAUUUUGGAUUGAAGUGUGCGUUAACGAUUACAAACGAUUUGUUUUCUAACAAUGUUUUAGGCGAUUUCAAAGGUUUAAAUUUUCUCAAAAUGUAAUUUUUAAUUACUGUGUUAAUUUGCGAAGUUGUUUCUUCAUUUUACUUCCUUUGAAAGUAGGAGACGAUCAGUGGAAUGUCGAUCCCGCCCUACCUGAUUCCGCCGACGCCAUGGAUGCUAGUGCAGCAGCAGGCGCAUGCGCAGAUGGCCGCCGCCCAGGCGCACGCGCAAGCAGCCGCGCAGGCGCAAGCGCAAGUGCAGGCCGCGCAUGCGCACGCACAGCUGCAGGCUGCACAGGUGCAUCAGCUGCAACAACAGCAUCAGCAACAACAACAACAACAACAGCAGCAGCAGCAACAACAACAACUGCAUCAGCCCGUGCUACCCAAACUGCCUGACAUACUGUCCGAGGAGAAGUUGCAGGAAAAAGCUCAAAAAUGGCAGCAGCUGCAAUCGAAAAGAUUUUCAGAAAAAAGGAAGUUCGGCUUUGUCGAUGCUCAGAAAGAAGAUAUGCCCCCAGAACACAUAAGAAAAAUUAUAAGAGACCAUGGAGACAUGAGCAGCAGAAAGUACAGACAUGAUAAGAGAGUGUACCUUGGAGCGUUGAAGUAUAUGCCACACGCAGUCAUGAAACUUCUGGAAAACAUGCCGAUGCCCUGGGAGCAGAUUCGUGACGUCAAGUCGCUGUAUCACCUGACUGGAGCUAUCACUUUUGUCAACGAAAUUCCUUGGGUUAUCGAACCGGUUUAUAUCGCUCAGUGGGGAACGAUGUGGAUAAUGAUGAGAAGAGAGAAGCGAGACAGAAGGCAUUUCAAGCGCAUGAGGUUCCCUCCAUUUGACGACGAGGAGCCUCCGCUUGACUACGCCGACAACGUGUUGGAUGUCGAGCCGCUCGAGGCCAUCCAGAUUGAACUGGACAACGACGAGGAUGCCGCUGUUCUCAAGUGGUUCUACGAUCACAAACCGCUCGUCGGAACUAAACACGUGAAUGGUUCAACAUACCGAAAGUGGAACCUGUCGCUGCCGCAAAUGGCCACACUGUACCGACUGGCCAAUCAGCUGCUCACCGAUUUGGUCGACGUCAACUACUUCUAUCUGUUCGACCACAAGUCCUUCUUCACCGCCAAGGCCCUCAACAUGGCCAUUCCCGGCGGCCCCAAGUUCGAGCCACUCAUCAAGGAUUCGAAUCCUGCCGAUGAAGAUUGGAACGAGUUCAAUGAUAUCAACAAGAUCAUCAUCAGGCAGCCAAUAAGAACUGAGUAUCGAAUUGCUUUCCCGUAUCUAUACAACAAUCUUCCCCAUUACGUCCAUCUUUCAUGGUACCAUGCACCAAACGUUGUCUACAUCAAAACGGAAGAUCCUGACUUACCAGCUUUCUACUUUGAUCCGCUGAUUAAUCCCAUUUCGCACAGACAUUCUCAAAAGGUUACUGAACCAUUACCGGACGAUGAUGAAGAGUAUGAACUGCCCGAAGAUGUCCAACCUUUCCUGCAAGAAACUCCUCUCUACACCGACAACACGGCCAAUGGUAUUGCACUUCUAUGGGCCCCUAGACCUUUCAACAUGCGAUCAGGUCGCUGUCGUCGUGCCAUUGACAUUCCCCUCGUGAAAACCUGGUACAGAGAGCAUGUGCCUCCAGGCCAGCCUGUCAAAGUCAGAGUCAGCUAUCAAAAGCUUCUCAAAUACUACGUUCUCAAUGCACUCAAGCAUCGUCCUCCCAAGGCACAGAAAAAGAGGUAUCUGUUCCGGUCGUUCAAAGCCACCAAGUUCUUCCAGAGCACAACGCUGGAUUGGGUUGAAGCCGGCCUCCAGGUGUGCAGACAGGGCUACAACAUGCUCAACCUGCUCAUCCACCGAAAGAACCUCAACUACUUGCAUCUCGACUACAACUUCAACUUGAAACCGGUCAAGACCCUCACAACCAAAGAGAGAAAGAAGUCUCGAUUCGGAAACGCGUUCCACUUGUGCCGCGAAAUCCUGCGCCUGACGAAGCUGAUAAUCGACUCGCACGUGCAGUACCGCCUGAACAACGUGGACGCGUUCCAGCUGGCAGAUGGCCUGCAGUAUGUGUUCGCGCACGUCGGCCAGCUCACCGGCAUGUACCGCUACAAGUACAAGCUCAUGCGGCAGAUUCGCAUGUGCAAGGAUCUCAAGCAUCUCAUCUACUAUCGCUUCAACACUGGGCCGGUUGGCAAGGGUCCAGGCUGCGGCAUCUGGGCGCCCGGCUGGCGAGUGUGGCUGUUCUUCAUGCGAGGCAUCACUCCACUGCUGGAGCGCUGGCUGGGCAACCUGCUGUCAAGGCAGUUCGAGGGUCGCCACUCCAAGGGCGUCGCCAAGACUGUCACCAAGCAGCGUGUCGAGAGUCACUUCGAUCUCGAGCUGCGUGCCUCUGUGAUGCACGACAUCGUUGACAUGAUGCCGGAAGGAAUCAAGCAGAACAAGGCGCGAACAAUUCUGCAGCAUCUCUCUGAAGCCUGGCGUUGCUGGAAGGCAAACAUCCCCUGGAAGGUGCCAGGCCUGCCAACUCCGAUCGAGAACAUGAUCCUUCGCUACGUGAAGAUGAAGGCAGACUGGUGGACGAACACGGCGCACUACAACAGAGAGCGCAUCAGGCGAGGCGCCACCGUCGACAAGACCGUCUGCAAGAAGAACCUCGGCCGGCUCACCCGGCUCUACCUCAAGGCCGAGCAGGAGCGCCAGCACAACUACCUCAAGGAUGGACCGUACAUUUCGCCUGAGGAAGCAGUAGCCAUCUACACGACGACCGUGCAUUGGCUCGAGUCGAGGAGAUUCGCACCCAUUCCGUUUCCCCCUCUCUCCUACAAGCACGACACCAAACUGCUCAUCCUGGCGCUGGAACGGCUCAAAGAAGCCUACAGUGUGAAGUCCCGAUUGAAUCAGAGCCAGCGUGAAGAGCUUGGUCUGAUUGAACAGGCCUAUGACAAUCCUCACGAAGCCUUGUCACGUAUCAAACGUCAUCUGCUCACUCAGAGAGCAUUCAAAGAGGUUGGAAUAGAGUUCAUGGACUUGUACUCGCAUUUGGUGCCGGUGUACGACGUGGAGCCACUGGAGAAGAUCACUGAUGCCUACCUGGAUCAGUACCUGUGGUACGAGGCCGACAAGCGGCGACUCUUCCCGCCCUGGGUCAAGCCAUCCGACACCGAACCGCCUCCGUUGCUCGUCUACAAGUGGUGUCAAGGUAUCAACAACCUUCAAGAUGUAUGGGAUGUAACGGAAGGUGAAUGCAACGUUCUGCUGGAGUCGAAGUUCGAGAAGAUCUAUGAGAAAAUUGAUUUGACAUUGCUCAAUCGGCUCCUUCGUCUGAUCGUCGAUCACAACAUCGCCGAUUACAUGACAGCAAAGAACAACGUUGUCAUCAACUACAAGGACAUGAACCACACGAACAGCUACGGUAUCAUCAGAGGCCUGCAGUUCGCCUCGUUCAUAGUGCAGUACUAUGGCCUAGUGCUGGACUUGCUGGUGCUGGGUCUGCAGCGGGCCUCGGAGAUGGCCGGCCCACCUCAGAUGCCCAACGAGUUCCUCACCUUCCAGGACGUGGCCACAGAGUCCGCCCAUCCCAUCCGGCUCUUCUGCCGCUACAUCGAUCGCGUACACAUCUUCUUCAGAUUCAGCGCAGAAGAAGCAAGAGACCUGAUCCAACGCUACCUGACGGAGCAUCCAGAUCCGAACAAUGAGAACAUUGUCGGCUACAACAACAAGAAGUGUUGGCCAAGGGACGCCCGCAUGCGACUCAUGAAGCAUGAUGUCAACUUGGGCCGAGCUGUGUUCUGGGAUAUCAAGAACAGACUUCCUCGCUCUACCACUACGAUUCAAUGGGAGAACAGCUUUGUGAGUGUGUACUCAAAGGACAAUCCCAACCUACUCUUCAAUAUGAGUGGAUUUGAAUGCCGUAUUUUGCCAAAGUGUCGUACAACGCACGAGGAGUUCACACACAGAGACGGAGUGUGGAAUCUGCAAAACGAGGUGACCAAGGAGCGAACAGCGCAGUGCUUCCUGCGAGUUGACGAUGAGUCACUGCAGCGAUUCCACAACAGAGUCAGGCAAAUCCUCAUGGCCAGUGGUUCAACCACAUUCACCAAGAUUGUAAACAAAUGGAACACAGCUCUGAUUGGUUUGAUGACAUACUUCCGCGAGGCAGUUGUCAACACCCAAGAACUGUUGGACCUACUCGUCAAAUGUGAAAACAAAAUCCAGACCAGAAUCAAGAUCGGUUUGAACUCGAAAAUGCCUUCCAGAUUCCCUCCAGUUGUGUUCUACACGCCCAAAGAACUCGGAGGACUUGGAAUGUUGUCAAUGGGCCACGUUCUCAUUCCUCAGUCGGAUUUGAGAUGGUCGAAGCAGACUGACGUGGGCAUCACCCACUUCCGGUCGGGUAUGAGCCACGACGAGGACCAGCUGAUUCCGAACUUGUACCGCUACAUCCAGCCGUGGGAGUCGGAGUUCAUCGACUCGCAGCGCGUGUGGGCAGAGUACGCGCUCAAGCGGCAGGAGGCCAACGCCCAAAACAGACGACUGACAUUGGAAGAUCUGGAAGACAGCUGGGAUCGUGGAAUACCAAGAAUCAACACACUCUUCCAAAAGGACAGGCACACUCUUGCUUAUGACAAGGGAUGGCGCAUACGUACCGAGUUCAAACAGUAUCAGGUUCUGAAGCAGAAUCCUUUCUGGUGGACCCAUCAGAGGCACGACGGUAAACUGUGGAAUCUGAACAACUACCGAACAGACAUGAUCCAAGCUCUGGGAGGUGUUGAGGGUAUUUUGGAACACACCCUGUUCAAGGGAACCUACUUCCCAACCUGGGAGGGUCUGUUCUGGGAGAAAGCGUCCGGCUUCGAAGAGUCCAUGAAGUACAAGAAGCUGACUAACGCACAGCGAUCUGGUUUGAACCAGAUUCCCAACCGUCGAUUCACGCUGUGGUGGUCCCCUACUAUAAACCGUGCCAACGUCUACGUUGGUUUCCAGGUACAACUCGAUUUGACCGGAAUUUUCAUGCACGGCAAAAUCCCGACCCUGAAAAUCUCACUGAUCCAAAUCUUCAGAGCUCACUUGUGGCAGAAAGUGCACGAGUCAAUAGUGAUGGAUCUGUGUCAGGUGUUCGAUCAAGAACUGGAUGCACUCGAGAUCGAGACCGUGCAGAAGGAAACCAUCCAUCCGAGGAAAUCGUACAAGAUGAACUCGUCGUGUGCCGAUGUGCUGCUAUUCGCUGCCUACAAGUGGAACGUGUCCAGGCCCUCGCUGUUGGCCGACUCCAAAGACACCAUGGACAACACCACCACCCAGAAAUACUGGAUCGACGUGCAGCUGCGUUGGGGAGACUACGACUCUCAUGACAUCGAACGUUACGCUCGAGCCAAGUUCCUCGAUUACACAACAGACAACAUGUCCAUCUAUCCAUCUCCAACUGGAGUUCUCAUCGCCAUUGAUCUAGCCUACAACUUGCACAGUGCUUACGGAAACUGGUUCCCGGGUUGCAAACCGUUGAUACAACAGGCUAUGGCAAAGAUCAUGAAAGCAAAUCCCGCGCUGUACGUGUUGCGUGAGAGAAUACGUAAGGCUCUACAGCUGUACUCGUCAGAACCCACUGAGCCGUACCUGUCGUCCCAGAACUACGGUGAGCUCUUCUCCAAUCAAAUCAUCUGGUUUGUGGAUGACACCAAUGUGUACCGUGUCACUAUUCACAAAACGUUCGAGGGCAACCUGACGACAAAGCCCAUUAACGGGGCGAUCUUCAUUUUCAAUCCAAGGACAGGUCAGCUGUUCUUGAAGAUCAUUCACACGUCGGUGUGGGCGGGACAGAAGCGUCUCGGACAGCUGGCCAAAUGGAAGACGGCCGAAGAAGUUGCCGCUCUCAUCCGAUCGCUGCCCGUUGAGGAACAGCCCAAACAGAUCAUUGUGACAAGAAAAGGUAUGUUGGAUCCUCUCGAGGUGCAUCUCCUCGACUUCCCCAACAUCGUCAUCAAAGGAUCCGAACUCCAACUGCCUUUCCAGGCAUGUUUGAAGGUAGAGCGAUUCGGUGACCUCAUUCUCAAAGCUAUUGAGCCUCAGAUGGUUCUCUUCAAUCUGUAUGACGACUGGUUGAAAACGAUUUCAUCGUACACCGCAUUCUCCAGGUUGAUUCUAAUCUUGAGAGCACUGCACGUGAACACCGAACGUACCAAAGUGAUUCUGAAGCCUGACAAAACUACAAUCACGGAGCCGCAUCACAUCUGGCCGACGCUCACCGAUGAAGAAUGGAUCAAGGUUGAAGUGCAGUUGAAGGACCUCAUCUUGGCCGACUACGGCAAGAAGAACAACGUAAACGUGGCGUCUCUCACUCAGUCCGAGAUCAGGGACAUCAUUCUGGGAAUGGAGAUCAGUGCUCCGUCAGCUCAACGCCAACAGAUUGCUGAAAUUGAGAAACAGACCAAGGAACAAUCCCAGCUGACUGCCACAACUACACGUACUGUCAACAAGCAUGGAGACGAGAUUAUCACUUCGACAACGUCCAACUACGAAACUCAAACAUUCAGUUCGAAAACAGAAUGGCGCGUGAGAGCUAUAUCAGCCACCAACCUGCAUCUCCGUACCAACCACAUCUACCUCUCGUCGGAUGACAUCAAGGAGACGGGAUACACGUACAUCUUGCCCAAGAACGUGUUGAAGAAGUUUGUGACGAUUUCGGAUUUGAGAGCGCAGAUCUGUGGGUUCCUUUACGGCAUCAGUCCGCCGGACAACCCGCAGGUUCGCGAGAUCCGGUGCAUCGUGAUGCCCCCGCAGUGGGGCACCCAUCAGACGGUGCACCUGCCUGGGCAGUUGCCGCAGCACCCCUACCUCAAAGAGAUGGAGCCGCUCGGAUGGAUUCACACGCAGCCCAACGAACUGCCUCAACUAUCGCCUCAGGAUAUCACGACCCAUGCGAAAAUAAUGGCUGAAAACCCUUCGUGGGACGGAGAGAAGACGGUUGUGAUAACAUGCAGCUUCACACCGGGCUCGUGUUCGCUGACUGUGUACAAGCUGACGCCGAGUGGCUACGAGUGGGGUCGCCAGAACACCGACAAGGGAAACAACCCCAAGGGCUACCUGCCCAGUCACUACGAGAAGCUGCAGAUGAUCCUUUCCGACAGGUUCCUCGGCUUCUUCAUGGUUCCGGCCCAGGGAUCGUGGAACUACAACUUCAUGGGUGUUCGUCACGACCCGAACAUGAAAUACGAGCUGCAACUGGCCAACCCGAAAGAGUUCUACCACGAGGUGCACCGACCGGCACAUUUCCUCAACUUCUCCUCACUGGAAGAUGGCGACGGAGUGGGAGCUGACCGCGAAGACAUGUAUGCUUAACUUGCAACACUGAGUUGGCAUAGUUGACAUCAGUGAAGUUAGAAUUAUUUUAUUUUUUACUGUCUGAGAAUAUUUUCAAAUCACAUCCGAAGUAACAAUACCAGAGUUGAUAUUUUAUUGUCUGAGAGUAUUUUGUAAUCACUUACCAACUAAGGCCCAUAUGCACCAUCUAAGUUUAUAAGCCCUGAAUGUAAGACGUUAUAAUAAAUGCGACCAUAUCUUCAAGUAAACCUAAAUUAGCGAUUAACGUAGAUGGUGUAUAUGUCCCUAAAAUAACUUAUUCUAUAUUUUAGAUUUGACAUUAUGUUCGUGUUAUCUGAAGUAUUCUCUGGAUAUCCUUACAAUAUAGCUUGUUUUUUCUUUAAAUUAUUUUUGAAUAAGUACACAGAUUAUCCCACAUGUAAAUAUGUAGUGGCGCCAGCCUUUUCCGAUUUGUUAAUUUGUGAUAUUAAUGUAAUAAAAUGAUUACAAAUUAUAUCAACAA